AUGAGCGAGCUUGCAGAAGAUGCACCUGCAGACAGCGCACUUAUUAAGCAGCUUUUCUUUUCGAUGCUGCCGCAGAAUGUUAAGGCGAUUUUGGCGCCUAUGGUAGAGAUAAGCUCUGCUCACCAUCUCGCGACGUCGGCUGACAGAAUAGUGGAUAUUUUAAAGCAGCCUGCCUUCUCCGCUACACUUCAACCACAAGCUGAAUUCUCCUCGUUCUCUCCAGCGUCAGCACAUGACACCAUUCAAUCCUUGGUUAUACUUCAAGCCCUAGAGCGACUCACCAAAGAGUUAGGUGAUAUGCGCGGACGGCGGCUGAUUGAUGUUAAUACGGCUUUGAAAUCUACGGUCCCUUCUAUCAGCCCGUUAGUCUUCAUCGCCGCUUCUGAUGACCCUUUUCAGGCAUUAUUAGCUUUUUUUCCUGAAUUUUGUGGUGAGCAAACUUACUCAAUCCAUAAAACAUCAUAUCGAGACCACUGGUCCGCCUGUGUUUUCACGUGA